UUGAUUGGGUAGACUAGACUAGGGUUUCGGCAGAGACCAGGCGACCCUAGUCUAUUCCCCUGUUCCUUCGUUCCCCCUCUUACCUCUCGCCAUUGGCCUCCUCCUUCGCCUGUUCCGUUCCUCACUGGUGGCUUCUCCCCUUCUUCUCCUUUCUACGCACUGGCAGGGGACUACGGGAGUCAGAUCUAAGGCACGGUUACGGCCGACCAUCAUUUUUCAUACGACGGCGUGUGCGACUUCGUGCCGACCGCGACCGUCCACCUUUUCCGGUGAAGAAGACCGCCUGAGGUCUGUGUGACCCAUUCGCCUUCUCCGAUCGAUUCUCCUUUUCCGACCGAAAUGACGCCUGCAACUACUUGCGCUUGAAUUGAAUUGCCAUCCCUCCCCGUCAGUUAAACCCAUAAUAAACCUCUUAUCGUACCAUCUUCGUUUCAUUAUCCUGGAGGUAUCUCCCUUACUAGGGUUUCAGUAUCAUCAUUCACGAGCCUCUCUCCCUCUCUGGUUCAACCAACCAAUGGCGGCCUCACUGUUCGGAAGCCCCAAUUUCACAUCCGUUUCACACUUCAACCAAACUAGGUUUCUUCUCUACUCCAACAAAAACAGCCCGCCCGCCAUUCAUCGCUCCCUCAAAUCUACACCUCCUCGAUUCGCUGUCAUCGUUUGCUACUCCUCCUCCUCCUCUGGCGGCCGCCGAAGCCGCCCCGAGUACAUCCCCAAUCGGAUCCCCGACCCUCACUAUGUUCGGAUCUUCGACACCACCCUCCGCGACGGCGAGCAGUCGCCCGGCGCCACCAUGACCAGCAAGGAGAAGCUCGACAUCGCCCGCCAGCUGUCUAAGCUUGGCGUCGACAUCAUUGAGGCCGGCUUCCCCGCUGCCUCCAAGGACGACCUCGACGCCGUCAAAAUCAUUGCUCAGGAGGUCGGCAAUGCCGUCGAUGAGAACGGUUACGUCCCCGUCAUCUGCGGUCUUGCUCGCUGCAAUAAGAGGGAUAUUGACGCUGCCUGGGAGGCCGUCAAGUACGCCAAGCGGCCGCGUAUCCAUACUUUCAUUGCCACCAGCGAAAUUCACAUGAAGUACAAACUGAGGAAGACCAAAGGGGAGGUGAUCGAGACUGCGCGGAGCAUGGUGAGGUAUGCCAGGAGCUUGGGCUGCGUUGAUGUUGAGUUCAGUCCAGAAGAUGCCGGAAGGUCUGAUCGAGAGUUCCUUUAUCAGAUUCUGGGCGAAGUUAUUAAAGCUGGCGCCACAACUCUCAAUAUCCCUGAUACUGUUGGGUAUACUCUGCCCAUUGAAUUUGGACAGUUGAUUGCCGACAUAAAAGCCAACACACCAGGAAUUGAAAAUGUGAUUAUUUCAACACACUGUCAAAAUGACCUUGGGCUUUCUACGGCCAACACGUUAGCUGGGGCAUAUGCCGGUGCAAGACAAGUAGAGGUGACAGUCAAUGGCAUUGGUGAAAGAGCUGGUAAUGCAUCAUUGGAGGAGGUUGUUAUGGCCCUUAAAUGCCGAGGAGAACAAGUGUUGGGAGGCCUUUACACAGGGAUAAACACUCAACACAUUGUUAUGUCAAGCAAGAUGGUUGAAGAGUAUAGUGGGCUGCAUGUACAACCCCACAAGGCCAUUGUUGGGGCUAAUGCUUUUGCUCAUGAGAGUGGCAUCCAUCAGGAUGGAAUGCUUAAACAUAAAAACACAUAUGAGAUUAUAUCUCCUGAAGAUAUUGGGCUUUACCGGGCUAACGAGUCUGGUAUAGUCCUUGGGAAACUCAGUGGACGUCAUGCUUUGAGAUCUCGACUUUUAGAGCUUGGUUAUGACAUUGAUGGUAAGCAACUUGAUGACCUUUUCUGGCGUUUCAAAGCUGUAGCUGAAAAGAAAAAGACUACUACUGAUGAUGAUCUGAUAGCCCUGGUGUCAGAUGUAGUUUUCCAGCCACAAGUUGUUUGGAAGCUUGGAGAUGUUCAAGUUACAUGUGGUACUCUUGGUCUUCCUAUGGCAACUGUUAGACUUAUCGAUGCAGAGGGGGAAGAGCAUAUUGCUUGUGCAAAUGGAACUGGCCCAGUUGAUUCAGCAUACAAGGCUGUUGAUUCCAUUGUGCAGGUACCUGUAACUCUUCUUGAGUACUCCCUGAAUGCUGUAACGGAAGGCAUUGAUGCCAUUGCCACUACCAGAGUGUUAAUUCGUGGGGAGAACAAUCAUACUUCAACUAAUGCUAGUGGAGAAACUAUCCAUCGAACAUUUAGUGGUACGGGUGCAGGAAUGGAUAUUGUUGUCUCCAGUGUUCGAGCUUACAUCAAUGCUCUAAACAAGAUAUUAGGAUUCAACAUCCAACAUGAAGUAAUGGCAAAGGCAGGCAAUUCUAGGGUGUCUUCAUGAAGACUUUAGGAAGUUUUUUGUUUUUUCUCUUUUCUUGGCCUGUGGUGCUCCCAUGUUAAUUGUACAAAAGAUAAGAGGAAGGCUGUGGAGAGGGCUCUUCAGAUAAUUUAUUGUCUAUUCAGUGCUCUUUGAUUCUU